AAUAAAAACAAGUGCAGAAUAUAUGCGGGAGAGUAAAGGACCCUGAAGGCAUUCGUAUAAACCCAUCCCCUCACUGUUCAUUGCACUGAGAAGCAAGAGGAAAGAUGAGAUUCCUCCAUGAAAGCAAAACAAGAGGCAGAAACAUAAUCUCAUUUGUUCUCAACGAGCAGGCAAACCUCUUGCACCUUUCCUCACUGCUGGAAUCACUUAGCUACUGAACAAUAUGUUUGGACCUCUUGGUGAGAUGAUCCUUGGCUAGAAAGUCGUGAAGAAGCCACUCUCCAAGUAGAUGAAGAAAAGAGGAUAAUGGGGCACGCACUAUGCCAGUUCAAGGCACUGUUUUGGAAGAAUUGGCUUUGCCGUGUGAGGCAACCGGUCUUGUCCCUCUCUGAAAUACUUUGGCCAUGCAUGCUCUUCCUGAUUUUGGCUGCAGUCCGCGUCCAAGAGCCCCCCAAAUACAAGGAAAACUGUUAUUUAGAAGCUCGGGAUUUGCCAAGUCGGGGCCUUUAUCCUUUUGUGCGGAGUCUUUUCUGUAAUGUUGGCUCAAGGUGCAGGAAUACCAGUUACUCAAAGCAGAAAAAUAACCGCUUACAUACUUCAGCUGUUGAAAGUGGUUCAGAGAGUUUCACAGGACCUGACGUAGCCCUCAUGAAAGAGAUACAAGAACUUGCAAAAGGAUUUAUUGAGACCACAGAAAAAACCUUGGCUUUAGAAAAACUGUGGGAAGAAAGCUCAAAGUUCUCAGGGCUUCAUAACAGCACCGCUUUUCUUACUAUGGAUUUGAAUGAAGCAGAAGAAAUCAUUUCUAAAAUAGAAAACCUGUACAAACAGCCAUCUUUCUGGAACCUUCUACAUUCUCUCCCUCGCCUUGAGUCAAAGAACGUAUAUACAGAAGAUGGAUUAGCUGCCAUAGCACAAUUUCUAGAAAUUAUUAAAAAUAUCUUAGCAUCAUUGAAGGAUUUAGCUGUGAUGCCACUGGGACAGACUUUCCAUGAAGUGUUGAAAAUUGCUCUGAAUUUAACUGCUGCAUCAGUACAGGAGAGGAGCUUGGAGGGUUUUCAGUAUAACCUUUCUCUAGAGGAUAUUUUGUGGAAUCCACAUGCUGUCAGAGCAGAACUUGAGUCCAGAUUUGGUUUUGAUGAUCUUCAUGUUAAGAAACUUCUAAGUUAUACAGCACAAUUAAAAGAGAUUCCUGAAGGAGAGACACUGGAGCAGUUUGUGUGCUCUGCCCUGUCCAGUGUGCCAGGGGAUGAAGCAAACAAAGAGAAUAAUGAAGAAAGCUGUAUUUCUACACAGCAAGAAGCCAAACUGUAUCUCUUCUAUGCUGUCAGCAAGCUCAGAAUCUAUGCACAGGUAGACUUCAGGGUAUUUCAGCAAUGGUUCAGCAGCAGCCACUCUCAGGAUCUUCUUUCAGAACUUGAAAGAAUCAUGGCUGAUUUAAUGUCUCAGCUGCUAGAAAACAAAGAGGCUGGGAAAAUUGUCUCAGAAAUAAGUACCCUGAUCCGGCAGUGGGAUAAGAAAUCACAAGCUUAUUUUUCUGAAGAUUAUAAUGCACCUCAUGAUCUAAUCCUAUAUCUGAAGAAGAUGCAGGCUGUGCUGCAGGCUGUGCCUCAGUGGUCUGUUGUGAAGAGAUUACGUCUGGUAGAUGGAGCUCUGAGGAAUGUGGUAACACAGUACUUAAACUUCACUGACGGUAAAGAUGCAUGGUGGUUACUCGUUACUUGCAGUGUCCAAAGGCAUUUAUUGCAGGGAUCUGCUUAUGUGUUUGCAUGUGUUACAUAUUUUUUGUAUGUGGUGAUGGGGAACUGUCUUACAGAAGCUUUACGUAGCCUGGAGAAACUGGUUCCCUUUUCCCAAAGAAAUGAAUCUGUGCAUCUGGACAUCAAAAUGCUUUUUGUGGAGCUAAAACAGAUGUUGAUGAGCAGCUCUUCCUAUGUCUGUGCUGAUGUGGUUACAAUGUUUGGGAAGGCCCUCAGGCAUCCACAGAUUUCUGAUUCCACUGAUAAUUUAGCCAUAUAUAUGUGCACUGGCAAUGACUCGGAGGAGGCUUUCAAGCAAAGCAACCAGCUCCAGUCACUAAGGGAAGCUGUCCUGCUUCUGCAGAAGGUAACUCAGGGACAACAGAACCUGCCAGAUUCAAUAGUGGAUGACUAUUUGGGAUGGCAAGAAAUAGAAGAAGAGCUAGCUGAAAAUUAUGCUUAUUACUGUGAAUCUAAUCCAUUGCUGAGCGCAGAGGAUGUCCAUUUCAGCUCUUGUGAGGAACAGCUUCUAUUCUCACUAAUUAAUAUUACCCUUGAAGAAUUUUUUUUUACUUUUGAGGAAAACCCAUACUGGAAGUAUUUAACAAUGUUUGUCCAGUGGAUGUGUGAGGUAGCUCAGUACACAGAUGAGGAAGCAGGCUCCACAGGAGAUCAGUUUGGUGGAGUAGAAGCAUCUCUAUGUUCUAGACAAAAGCUUGGUUUGGAGACUAUCUUAGGUCAUUAUUUAUUAGUAUUUCUGCAAGAUUUACCAGAUUAUUCCUCAUUCAUUUCAUGGGCACGGAAUUUAACACUUAUAAAGGAGUUUUUGGAGACAGAAGAUAAUGUAUGGAAUUCAAGUGAAAAAGAAAUGGAUCGCAUUUUACAUCUUGCAGAAGUCAUAGAAGAAAUUGUAAUGUUUGAUUUCUCAGCUCUUUCAAGCCUCCAAACUCUAAUGGAAGCUGCCUUGAGUAAAGUUAUUAUGUGGAUGAAAGGGGAGGAAUCCACCAUAAAUGUCUCACUUGCAGUUUCUGAACUCUAUAAUGAAAUACAAAAAAAUUUACAGGCUCAUCUGAGAUUUUGGAUGAAGGAGAAGACAGAUUUUUUCUGGCAAAUGGUGAAAAUUGUGUCCCAUGAACUUGACUCUAGGUUUUCUCACAUAAGUCAAGUGGAAGUUAAAGAGGUACUGGAGACUUUAUCUAGAUUUAUAUUUACAGAAAAUGAAAAAAGUCUUAAUAGAAGCAUGCAAGUGCUUAAAAUUAUCCUAAAUGAUUGGCAAGAUUUAAAUAGACCUACGUUGAACCAUCUAAAAUACAUAAGUGAAAACUUUCUAAGGAACCUCUAUGAGAUAUUAUCAUUUGCUGACAGUCAUGUCAAUGAAUCUUUCAGUGUUGGUCAUGGAGUGAGUAAUACCUCAUUUUCACUACUCUCAAAUGCAACUUUUAUACAUAAAGUGCAAGAGUUAGGCAAAAUUGUUCCCAAUUUCUUUAAUGACAUUCAAAAAUUAAACAUCAGUAGCGUGGACUCGCUUUUUCAGAUACUUUUCUCUUUGUAUCAGAAUGCUGAUCUGCUCUUAAAUGCUGAGAGCAAUAACACUUUGUUAAUGUUUCUUUAUAACACCUCAAAAGAUAUUUCAUCCUUUCAAACAUGGAAUGAUUUGCAAGACGUGGACCAGGUUUCUGAUUUUCUAUCUGAAACUUUUGAUCUUCUCUGGAACUUCACCACUAAGUCAUUCUGUGAGAAAUUACUGAUCUUUUACAAUUACACAGAAUUUCAGGCCCACUCUUUUGUACAGGAAGGCAAAAAAGAGUUGCAAGUUGUCUAUAAUAUUCUAAGCAACCUUAAAACCUUAUUUUUAGAUGAAGACCUUGAAGAGGCUGCCUUUUGUUAUUUGGAACAUUUUUUUGACAUCUCCCCAGAAUGCAUAGUAAAUAAAGGGUGCAUUGGUUUUUAUCUAUCAAACAUCACUUCUGUAAAUGAUUCAGCAGAGGUUUACAAUCUCCUGCUUCCACUGGACAUUGUUUUGUAUAAUGUAACAAAACUGGAAGAUAAGGUAAGUGUAUAUUCUGCUUUGCAUUGCACUUUUACGUGGCUUCAAACCUGGACAGAGAUUUUUGAAGAAACAUCCAAAAUCUUAAAUUUGAAUUCAACCUUUUUUAUCUAUCUAAGAAAUGAUCUGAGAAACCUCUCGGAUAGCUUUUUAAAUACAACUCAUAUUGAACUGUGUAAUAAAACAACUAUGGCUAUUGUUGAAGCUACAUCAGCAAUGAAUCUGUUGAAAAUGAUAGUUGAAGGUGGUAAUUCAAGUGACUGGAAAGAUUUUGAAACGUACCUCUCUAUAAUUCAAAGUGUUUUUGGAAAUGCAAUUGAUGCUGCAAGCUCACUUAAAGGUAACAGUUCAGAUGAUGCUAUAGAAAUGAUUGAAGCUGUGAUAACUGAAUUGCAGCAAUCUGUACUAAAGGUUGUUAAUAGAGAUGUUUUGAAUUUGUGGCUUAAUACAUUCAUCUCAGGAGGACCUGAGGGAGAAAGGAGUUCCAGUGAGUUUUCCAUUGGGAAUUCACUUUCUACUAUUCUCAAACUCUCUCAAAAGGAACUUGGAUUUGUUUUUGCUGAGUUAAAGGAUGCUGCUGCUUUCUUAACAUUUGAACCUCUAGAUAAAUAUUUGGUCUGUGCCAGUGUUUUCCAGAAUAUUACAAAAUUAAUUUUUGACAGUACUCUGAAAAACAUAGACUAUUCACAAGUGAAUUUUUCAUUCCAUACUCAUUCCUUUCUCAAAUCUUACAGUGUAAUAAAUGGAGUAGAGGAUUGUGAUGGGUGGAUCCAUGGCCUUCAUCGUCUUAGUGAAAAAUACAAGUCACCUUCUUACCUUGAAAGUGCAAAACAUAUUUUAUUUCUACUGAAAUCUCUGGGAAACACUGAGACGGAUGCUAAGCUAAAAAAUGUUGUGGAUUUCCUUAAUUUGAUUUUCAGUUUCUUGAUCCCUGAGUGCUCUGUAACUGGUUCUGAUGUGAUUUGUGCAAAUGUUUAUUUUAAUAUUAUAGCAAGAACUUUAGAAGUUGUUCUCCCUGAAUUUACUGUACAAAAUGACACUAAUGUGCUUGAAUAUAUUUUUACACUCUUAAAUAAUUCUGGAGGACUAAUACAGAUGGCUGUGAAUAAUUUAAUGGGUCACUCACAGUAUACAUCAAAUGAUACCCAUUUCAAUCACUUAAUCCAUGGAUAUAACAGCACUUUAAGGACAUUCCUUAAUCCCUUCCAUGGUGUUCUGCUUUCCUCAAUAGAACUUUUGUCAGAAAUUAAAUGUCUUCUCAAAAAUAAAACUUUUGAAAUGCAAGAAAGCAGCUCCUCUCCUUUGGAUAUUGAGACUGAUGAGAAAAAUAUUGGUCUGCUGAUGGAGAUCUUUGAAACUGUGGUUAGUAAACUCAAUAAAUUCAACUUAAACUUGCCCCAUGAAUUGCAGGGUAAAUACAACAUGUUUUUUGAGAGACUGAUGGAAAAAGCAGCUCUGAAUGGCAAACUAGUAGGAAAGGCACUCAAAAUUUUCAAGUCUUCUAACCUUACUAGUUUUCCAGUAAGAGAUGAUAGAGAGUUUCUAGAGCACGUGAUAACCCUGGUGCAAAAUCUAAAGAACAUGGAUAUUGAGUUCUUGAUAGGUCAUUUCAAACAAGCCCAGAGGAGCUUGGACAAUUUCUUUAAAAAUAUCAAACCUCUGCUUAUUGAGAACUCUGAGUUAGAAAUGUUAAUAGAGUGGUGGAAUGCAUUUGAGAAUGGUUCAUGUAAUUGGAACCUGACUGGCUUAUGGCACAUCAUGCAAGUUUUUCAAGAGGAUCUCUCUGAUGUUGAAGAGAUGUAUCAUCUUCUCCUUGAUGUCAUCAGCCUUAUGGAAAGUCUAACUCAUGGAAACAUCACGGAAGCACUAGCUGAAGUGUAUACUUUUGUAUUGACUCAAGAAGAAAAAAUGCCAAUGUAUACAGAUGUAGAAAUCUCUAAUCAAGUAGAAAGUCUACUAAUGUUACUAGAGAUGCUGACAGAUGUGCCUGAUGAACAUGCAGAAGCCUUAGUUUGUUUCUCUGCAGAAUUCUGCUGGAUUCCCACAACAGUAACACCUCAGAGUGAUCCCACUUCCAAACCUUGUGACGUUAUGCAAAAUAAUUUUUCUCUGAAUCACAAUGCAGUCUUACAAAUCAUCAAGCAACUGAAACUCAUUACUCUGAAUGAUAGUUUCUUAUGCACUAUGGAAGAUGUUCAGACUGAUAUUACUCACAAUCUCACUUGUUUUUUUCAUCACAUUAAGGAAUGGAACUCUAUUCUUUUGAAGUUUUCUGAGCUUCAUCAUAUAAACAGUUCACUUCUUAAAGAACUACUGGCUUUUUGGGAUGAGCUAUACCUCUAUGCUGUGCCUCUGCAGGCAAAUAAUACAAACUCAACUGUGAACUGUUUCUCCACACCAAAGAGAAGAGUGGCUUUACAAAUCAUAGAAACUCUGAGUAGUAUGCCAGCAGCAGAAAUGGAGAUGUCUGAAUAUGUUCUUGAACAGCUGAAUGAUCUUUAUGGUGGUUUAAGCUGGAACAGGCACUCAAGAAUAUCACUUAUAGAGACUGUAUUUCUUUACGUCAAGAACAUGACUAGUGAAAUUUCUGGAUUCUUGAAUACGGAAGCUGUCUAUUCUUUUCUUUCUGUACUUCAGCCUUUAAUGACUCUGCCUCCCUCUGGAAACCAAGCUUACUCGGUGCUCAUGGUACUGUCAUCUUUAAAUGGGAACAGCAAUAUAUCUGAGAACAUUGAGAACAUCUGGUUUCCUGUAGUUAAAAGUAUAGAAGACUUGUUGAAUUUUAAUGUGAGACAGUCACUUGCAGUGCUAGACCAAGAGUUUCAGUUAUUAAGGUUAGCCACUGGGCAGCCAUCUUCAGUGUCUCUUGAUGUGUUAAUUCAGCAGUUUAAUACAUCAUCUGUAGCGGCUGUGUUAAGAAAGCUUGAAGACAUACAAGAGAUUAUGAACAGCUUUCUGUGUGAAUGUAAUAAUCAAAACUAUUCUAAAGUGAUGCAACCUGUAGUCCUUCUUAUGGCUAAUGAAAAAUCAUCAGAUCUGCUGCUGGUUGUUAAAGAUAUUAUUGACUUUCUAGAACUAUUCCAAAAUAAGUCUAAAGAAGAUUACACUGAAGAACCAGUUGUCACUAGCAACCUUUUCUGUGUUGUUACACAGUGUAAAGAAGGCAUAAUGCAUCACUUAUUCAUCUCUAUAAUUGAAGGAAUCACUCUGGUUCAAGAUCAUUACCAGAGUAUUGAAAGAAUGUGGAUGACUUCCAACAAGGGAGACUGUGAGAGCAUGGCACAUAUAAACCUGAAACUUUCUAAUAAUGUAGAGAGCUUCCUGAGAGCCUUUCAGAAUACCACUGAUGGCAGCUGUGAUUGUCAAUUAAUGUUGGAAAAUAUCCAGAGACGCUUGCAAAAGCUGAUUGAAAAUUGGGAGAUACAGUUGUCAGAAAAUCCUGUGGUAGCUUUUCUCAGCAAUUUUAAUCUUUUAAAUGAUAUGAAAGUCAAAGAUUAUGUGCAGAAUAUUACUGAGUUGAGGUUGGGCAUUCUUUCUUCUGUCAACAUUUCUGAAGAAACUAUCAGUAUCAUCUUGGAAGCUAAUAUCUCUUUUACAAAGGUUUUUUACAGUGCCUUUGUGGUAGCCUUCACACAAAGAUGUGAUGAAGAAGUACUUAGCCUCUUGCUCAAGCUACCUGAAAACAGCAACACUUCCCUGGCAGUGGAAGAAUUAUGUUCUUUACCAGCGCUGGAUUUGUAUACCACAUUUGUACUGAUUAUACAGAAUUUGAACUUACGUCAUAUAAUUUACAUGAAUAAGAUACCAUCUGAGAUGGGCAAUGUACUAAACACAUUACUGGAUGUGGUCUCUAGUAUCAGCUCUCUUCUCAAUAAAGUCCAGCAUGUAAUGGAAAACCUUCCAGCGUUCCUUCAAGCAAUUCAAAACUCUGGUAUGUUUGACAUCUCUGCAUUGCAGCAGUUCUUGCAAGGUGGACAGUUCAGAAGUUCAGCUGUUGGAUCCCUCAAGUCUGUAAUUAAGGCAGUAUGUAAAGAAGAAUCUCCAUUUUUCAGCAAUGCAAACCUGUUCGUUGAUAUGCCCAGAGUUACGGGACUCUUAGAGGACAAUAUGGGAAAAUACGGGAUUCCUGAAGAUUCAACUCCUUUUUGCUUGAGGCUUUAUCAGGAGAUUUUACAGUCUUCAAAUGGGGCUUUGGUAUGGACUUUCCUGAAGCCUUUAUUACAUGGGAAGAUACUGUACAAUUCUAAUGUCAGUAAGAUUGACCUGGUUAUAGAGAAGGCUAAUUUCACUUUUGGUUUUGUGGAAAACUUGAAGACUUAUUCUCAGGCAUGGCUAAGGAUGGCUGAAGUUUUUAAAAACCGCGGAAAUGUCCUCAUGAUCUCACGGCUGCAGGAAGCACUGCAAAACAAUUUUGUAAAGCACUUUGUGGAAAGUAACCUGGAUAUUGACCUGGAAAAGCUCUUUCAAAAAAUGCAACUAUAUGAAAUGAUGAUGGGCAAGACACUUAACAGCUCAGCAAGUAGACAAAUUGACCUGUUGUCACAGCUCAUAGUAAAUAUUUCUUCUUGUGUAUUACUGGAUCGUUUCCAGCCCUUUGAGUCUGUUGAUAAAUUGGAGGAGAAAGCUCAUGAACUCAUGCAUCAAAAUAAUUUUUUGGCUAGUAUCAUUUUCAGUGCACCCAAGAACAAGACGCCAGAUUCCAGCAAUCUCCUUACACAGCACAUUUCAUAUACAAUUAGAACCAGCAUUCUGUAUAGCAUGAGAACAGAUUUGAUUAAAAACCCAGCGUGGAAAUCUCAUCCCCAGAAGCUGCCAUCUGAUGGGUUUAAAUACAAUCAUAUCUUUAUUCCUCUUCAAGACAUGAUUGAAAGGGCAAUAAUUUCAGCACAGACUGGGUUAGAUAUCUCAGAGCCAGCAAUUCAGGUCCAAGCCAUGCCUUAUCCUUGUCAUACCAGUGAUCUAUUUUUGAACAAUAUAGGGUUUUUUUUCCCACUUAUGAUGAUGUUAACAUGGAUGGUUUCUGUUGCUAGUAUGGUUCGCAAGCUGGUUUAUGAAAAAGAAAUUCAUCUUGAAGAGUAUAUGAAGACAAUGGGAGUACAUCCAGCCAUUCACUUCUUUGCUUGGUUCCUGGAGAAUGUAAUUGUGCUCACAAUAAGCAGCUGUGCACUGGUUGUCAUUUUAAAAGCGAGUGGUAUCUUUGCUUAUAGCAAUGGUUUCCUCGUCUUCCUUUUUCUCCUGGAUUUUGGAGUGACAGUUAUUAUGUUAAGCUAUUUUUUGGGAGUUUUUUUUCGCAGUGCCAAUACCGCAGCUCUGUGUGCCAGCCUCGUGUAUAUGAUCAGUUUUUUACCCUACAUAGUUUUGUUGGUCUUACAGAACCAGUUGAGUUUUACCAAGCAGAUUAUAAUGUGUCUUCUCUCUACAACGGCCUUUGGGCAAGGAGUGUUUUUCAUUACAUUCUUUGAAGGCCAAGAAAUAGGAAUUCAGUGGAAUAACAUGUACCAGCCAAUGGUGCAAGGAGGAUACAUGACCUUUGGAUGUACCUGCUGGAUGAUGUUCUUUGACUCCAUUUUUUAUUCUGUAGGUGGCUGGUAUUUCAGCAAUAUUAUCCUAGGAAAAGAUGGACUUAGGAACUGUUGGUACUUUCCCUUUACUGUUUCCUAUUGGAAGAAUCUGUGUGGUUUAGAAAGGAUGAGAAAACAUUAUCUGAAUUCUAAUGUGUUUUUCUUCAAUGAAAACUUCAAACAGAAAGACUUAGAAUCUCCAGGCUGGAAAGGCACUUGCACAGAAGGAGCCACAAUUGGUGUUGUAUUGCUGUCUCUCACCAAAGAACACAUGGAUAACCACAAGGCUGCUGUUAAAGACCUUAGCCUCACUUUCCAUAAAGGUCAAAUAACAGCGCUCUUGGGACCUAAUGGAGCUGGCAAAACAACAGUUAUAUCACUGUUGACUGGUCUGUAUCCACCCAGCUCUGGUACCAUUCUUAUCAAUGGAAAGGACAUACAAACUGAUCUGGCUGCCAUCAGGUCAGAGCUGGGUGUUUGCCCACAGUAUGAUGUUCUGUUCAACAUACUAACAGUACGAGAACAUCUGCUCCUUUAUGGAUCAGUGAAGGCACCUGGCUGGACAAAUGAACAGUUGAAUCAGCAAGUUAGUAGUGCUCUGGAAGAUGUGGAUUUAUCCCAGCACCAGUACAAACCUGUUGGAGCCCUUUCUGGGGGAAUGAAAAGGAGACUAUCAAUUGCCAUUUCCUUUAUUGGAAACUCAAAGACUGUUGUUCUAGAUGAGCCCACCAGUGGAGUAGAUCCAUGUUCCCGCCGUAGCAUUUGGGAUGUUCUGCUGAAGUACAAAGCUGGUUGCACACUGAUCUUUACUACUCACCAUCUUGAUGAGGCAGAGGUGCUCAGCGAUCGCAUUGCCAUUCUGCAACAGGGCCAACUGAGGUGCUACGGUUCUCCUUCUUAUCUGAGAGAAACAUAUGGCCAGGGACACAGUCUAACGCUCAUAAAAAAGCCCUCUGUGUUUGAAAUCCAGGAUCCUAAGCAUGUUGUACAGGUCACAUCAUUGGUACAGACUCACAUCCCAGAAGCUUUCUUGAAAGAGAACAGUGGGACUGAACUAACCUACGUGGUUCCAGAAAGGGCAGAUAAGACCUCUUUUAAAGGUCUUUUCCAGGCUUUAGAUCAAAGCCUUCAUCAUUUACAUGUGGCUGGCUAUGGCAUUUCUGACACCACGCUGGAAGAGGUAUUUCUGAAGCUACUGCAGGACUCAGAGAAGAUGCCAUUUGUUCCACAAGGAGCACGUCUGAACAACUCAAAAGAUGGUGAACCAGCCUAUAUUUCGCUUAUGGAGACCUCACGUAUGUGUGGAACUAAUCUCAUUCUUGCACAAAUUGUUGCCCUUCUGCUGAAGAGGUUUCACCACAUUAGGCGAGACUGGAGAGGAAGUCUGUCAAAUGUACUUCUGCCAGUCCUUUUUGUUGCACUGGCAAUGGCCUUGUUUAGUGUGAAGCCUCUGGCUAUCGAUUAUCCUUCUCUCAAGCUGACACCAGGACUUUACAAGAAUGCAGAAUCCUUCUUUAGCACUGAAGAUGAUAAUCUAGGAAACCUUUCUCAGAUUCUACUGAGAUAUUUCUUUGACGGGGACUUCACAUGCAUGCAUUCAAUGCAAGGAAAAAGUAAUUCAUGUUGGCAGAUGGAAUCACAGACACUCCUGAAUUCAUGUGGGUGCAUGUCUGCAAAGGAGAUGUGUCCAAGUUUCAAUACCUCUGUUCCCUAUAUGAAAAAUAAAAGAGGACAUAUUUUAUAUGAUCUCUCAGGGUUGAUCAUGGAAGAAUAUUUAGUGAGAUCUUCCAACAAAGCAAGAUAUGGUGGGUGGUCUUUUGGUAGGAAGAAAGCUUCUGAAUAUCGAGAACAAAAAUGGAAUAACAUCAAAUCUAAGCCUCUGGUUAAGGUGUGGUAUAACCAGAAAGGUUUCCAUUCACUGCCAUCCUACCUAAAUGAACUAAAUAACUUCAUUCUGUGGCUGAAUUUGCCCCCGACUGUGGAUUGGAGACAGUAUGGGAUCACACUCUACAGCCAACCAUAUGGAGGAACCUUGCUGGAUGAGGACAAAAUAAUGGAGAAUGUUCGUCAGUGUGGGGUAGCACUCUGUGUCAUGCUGGGUUUCUCCAUCCUCACCGCAUCUAUUGGCAGUGCUGUAGUGAAAGAAAGAGUAACUGGAGCAAAACGGUUGCAACAUAUCACUGGCAUGGGUUACAAAACAUACUGGCUUGCUAAUUUCUGCUGUGAUAUGCUGUUUUAUAUGCUUCCUGUCACCCUGUGUGUUUGUGUUAUUACUGCCUUCCAGCUAUCAGCCUUCACUUUCCGAAAUAAUUUGGCAGCCACUGUUAUCCUGCUGGUUCUCUUUGGAUAUGCAACUUUACCAUGGAUGUAUCUUGUAUCCAGAUUCUUCUCAAGUUCAGAUGUAGCUUUUAUUUCUUACAUCUCCUUAAACUUUGUGUUUGGCCUUUGUACCAUGCUGGUGACUCUGCUACCUCGUUUAUUAACUAUAAUUUCCAAAGUCCAGAGUUUUCAGAACAUCUACAAGAUCCUCAAAUGGGCAUUUAUCAUAUUCCCACAGUUCUGCUUAGGCCAAGGUUUAAUAGAACUUUCUUACAACCAGAUCAAAUUUGACCUAACCAGCAACUUUGGAAUAGAUUCGUAUGUAAGCCCUUUUGAAAUGAAUUUUCUGGGCUGGAUUUUUGUGGAAAUGGCCCUACAGGGAACAGUUCUUCUUCUUUUACGGCUGUUUUUCCAUUGGGAUCUCCUCCAGAAACCAAGGAGUCAGCAUUCAGUUAACAGCUUGGUAAACCCAUCAGAAGACAUUGAUGUAGAAAUGGAGAGACAGCGACUUUUUGGGGGAAGAACUCAUAAUGAUGUCCUUCUUCUCUACAAUCUGAGGAAGAGUUACGGAGGUUUCAGUAAGAAGAACACAGCUGUGGAAAACAUAAGCUUGGGAAUAACAAAGGGAGAGUGUUUUGGACUCCUGGGAACAAAUGGAGCUGGGAAAAGCACAACAUUUAAGAUGCUGACUGGAGAUAUCGUUCCAUCUGCAGGGCGUGCUGUUAUCCGAACUCCUACAGGCUCCGAAGUGGAUAUUCUGUCUGCUAGCUCUGAAGGCAUCCUUAUCGGCUACUGUCCACAGCAAGAUGCACUGGAUGAACUCUUAACGGGUUGGGAGCAUCUUAAUUAUUACUGCACACUGCGUGGAAUUCCAAAACAACAUAUUUGUAAGGUGGCAGAGGACCUUGUUAACCGGUUGCAACUCAAUGCCCAUGCUGACAAACUGGUGAGAACAUACAGUGCUGGCACAAAAAGAAAGCUCUCUGCUGCUCUGGCUCUAGUUGGUAAACCGCAAAUACUUUUACUGGAUGAGCCAAGUUCUGGGAUGGAUCCUUGCUCUAAACGCUACCUGUGGAAAACCAUCUUGAAAGAAGUUCAGGAUGGCUGUGCAGCUGUGCUGACAUCCCACAGUAUGGAAGAAUGUGAAGCCCUGUGCACACGACUUGCUAUUAUGGUGAAUGGAAGCUUCAAGUGUCUUGGUUCUCCCCAGCACAUUAAAAACAGGUUUGGAGAUGGCUAUUCUGUCAAAGUUUGGCUUAGCAAAGAAAUAAGCUAUCAAAAAAUGAUUCUGGACUGUCUAAAGCUGCAUUUUCCUGGAUCACAAUUUAAGGGACAACAUCUUAACUUGCUUGAAUACCAUGUACCACGAAGUGAGGGAUGUUUAGCUGAGCUCUUCAGAAUCCUAGAGAACUACAAAGCUUUUCUCCAAAUCAAACACUAUUCCAUAAGCCAAACUACACUGGAGCAGGUAUUCAUUAAUUUUGCUACACAGCAGCAAGGAAUCUCACUUUCUUCACAAGAAUCUCCCACUGUUCGCCAAGGCCACCUGGCAGUUUAGGAUCAGAACUGGAUACAGUUUCAACAGCAUGUGUGUGUGUUUGUGUGUGUGUAUAUAUAUAUAUAUAUAUAUAUAUAUAUAUAAACACAUUUUACAUGCAAUGAAAAUUUUCAUCUGUUAACAGUUUGUGAGAAGCAUGUAGUAGGAGCAGAGGUGAGUUGGCAAGUGUAGAUCAAAAGGAAUGUUAUCAGUUCUCAAUAAUACAAUAGAGUAGUGACCUGCAAACAA